UGUUAAAUGGUGAGGAUAAUUUGCGGUGUGUUUAACAUUGAAAUUAUCAAUAUGUGUUUGAAUCUGUGUUCCCAUUUACUCUUAAAUUAGAUGUAAUUUAAAAGAAAUUAUUAUACAUCAAUUACAUUAUAAACCAAACCGCAAAGACGACACUUUUAAGACAUGUAUUAAAGUUAAAACAUACAUGUACAUAUAUAAAGAUUAUGACACUGUUAAAAUGUCUCUAGUUGAAUACAUUCCUGUAAAGAUAAGAGAUAGUGUUUCAUACGGGGUAAUUUUUUGGAUUAACGCACAGAUCUGCCGUGUUUUAUGAUGGAAGACGUGCACGAGAUGAUAACAGCAGAAACUACAAUGAACGUGAAUAUUGUACAACUUAAUGCAACAGAGUUAUUAAAAUACUUGCCAGUAACUAUAAUUCUCUUGAUUAUAAUGUGUGUAGGAAUUGCUGGAAAUAUAUUAGUUAUAUACAUUUAUAAAAGUAAAUUCAAGAGAUCUAGUGCAAGAGUAUAUAUUCUAAGUUUGGCGUUUGCAGAUCUCACGGUGUGCAUAUUUGGCAUACCAUAUCACGUGUUGGAUUUAACACAGAUUCUGACCUAUCCGAAUAAAUACCUUUGUAAAGUAUUUAGUUAUUUUAUUGGUGCGUGUACAUUUAGUUCAAUUUUCAUCCUUCUGGUAGUUGGCUUGGAUAGAUACCUCAAAGUAUGUCGACCAUUAAAGAGACAGAUUGUUGAUUUUGGGGACAGAAAAGCGUGCAUUAUUGCAGUUCUUGUAGCUAUUGCGAUAUCUGUUCCAAACGGAAUAAUCUACGGUCAUAGUUCAGUUAACACUGGCGUGAAUAAUCACACAGGGAUAGAAUGUUUUAUUGAUGAUGAUUACCAAGGUUCAAGUCUUGUUUUCGGAUACCUUGUCUUUAACAUGUUUGUUUUUCUCAUUUCUGUUGUAAUUUUGAUAAUAUUCUACACAUUAAUUUGCCGUACAAUUUAUAAAAACGACUCGAACGGGGAAAUAACCUUACAAAACAGGCGAAAAGUAUGUUUAUGUUGCUAUGGUGAUGCAUCUACCGGUGGCGAGGACAUAGAAAUGGAAGAGGCGGAACAAAUAAACAUUGAAAAUAAAAAUGUUUUUAGUGAAGAGGAGAAAGUAAUACAACGUCCUUCAAAUAAGAAAUCCUUAUCAACGAAGAAAAACUUUGCAAGAAGGGAAACCUUGAUUAGACAUGCCGGAAGAAAUGAACGGAAAGACAAGGAAAAUAAUACAAGAAAGAUAACUCUGAUGAUGAUGACGAUAACUAUUGUGUUUAUCAUCUCUUACCUCCCUUUUAUGAUAAUUUCUGUAAUGGAUAAUUUAGACGAAACAUUUUGGGACAGGUUGACGGAAUCUAAAGCUAUCAUAUUUGAUUUAUUGUUGCGUAUAUAUCUAAUAAACAAUGCAGCCAACCCUAUCAUAUACAGUUUCUGGGAUUUCCGAUUUAGGAAAGAAACUGCAAUACUUAUAAGUAAAGUAUUUUGUUGCGGGAAACAAUCUGUUAAAGACGAAAGUAGAAGUAAAAAUAAGUAUUCAUCCUAUAGUCGUUCUACGAAAAUAACAGAAUACAAUUUAUAAGCCAGGAAUUGUUUUUAUGUAAAGAAAAUACUGAAUGUGUAGUAUGUAUACAUAAUGAAAAUGACUCCAAUGACUUCAAAUCCCAGUUGAGGCAACUAUUUUUUUUUUUAAGUCAAAUAAACAUUGAAUUGACUAUCAGUGUUACAAUGAGCCUUAUAGCCAAUUUACUACAGUUAAAACACUGAAAAGCAUUGGUGGCACUAUACAAAAACAAAUUGGUUUAUAAUCUCACAA